AUUAUACCAGCCCUCAUCACGGAGACCUGUGGCCUUUUCACCCAGUGCAGAAAUGGGCCUGACGGAUAUAGAGAUGGCUCACAACUUUGAUAUAGACGACCCGUAUUUUGAUGACCGACAGUACGAGAUGGUUUAUGAGGAGGUCAUGUUGAGACGCACCUCCACGGAUGAGAAACUCGGAUUAACGCUUUGUUACGGGUCACUGGAGGACGAGCUCACAGAUAUAUUUAUUAGCGAGGUAGAUCCUUGUAGUAUUGCUGGAAGAGAUGGUCGAAUUAGGGAAGGGGAUCAAAUUGUACAGAUCAAUGGUGUAGACGUCAGAAGCAGGUCGGAGGCCAUUUCCUUGUUCUCUGGGAAUGGAACUGAUAUCACCUUGACAGUGGCCAGAGCUCAGCUUCAGUGUGAUGAUGGCUUCAUGGAGGAGCCUAAUGUUGUCCUUGAUGACCUUCACCUUGACCUCUUGGAGCAGCAUCACCAUGACAACAUGCAAUUUAUGGCAGCCAUGUUGGCAAGGCGCCACCUAGAUGAGGAAGGGGGCACAACCGACACUGCCACCACAGAGAACUCGUCACAAAAGCAUGAAAAAGACAGCGGAGUCGGCCGGACAGAUGAGAGCACACGCAAUGAGGAGAGCUCAGAACAGGAAACAUUUGAUUGUGACAGCCUGGCCAGGCCCCCCAUGCUAUCUAAGUACGGCCAUCCCAACCCUGACAGCAGUGACAUUCCGGCUGACAUGUGCAGCAAAUUGCGGGACAUAAUUGACCAGCGUGCAGUAGGACGCAAGGACUCUGAGAGCAGCCUGGAGAGAGAGCUGGCAAUUUUAAACAGGGAAAUGGAAGAUAUUCAGGUGGAAUGCCAGGAUCUGGUUGACAACCACAUGAGAGAGCAGCAAAGACUGGGCUACAACGAGUCCGUUUUACGUGGGGACACACAGAAAAGUCCAAGGAUCGUCCCCCGCAUGGGCACGCGCCUCGAGUACAUGAAACACCCAGCAGAAUCUGGGCUGGUCAGGAAACCCGGCAUGUCAGCGCCCGGUAGCCCCAGCCACACCACACCGCCGUUAACCAGCGCUGUCAGCAGCACGAACGGUUCACCCACGGCUAAACCGUACAACGGCUCAACCGUUCCUUCGUCUGUGUCGUCAACAAUGUCGUCCACCAGCCGAGGCCUCAGCUCCAACAACAACACCAACAUCGGCCUGUGCGACAAAGACAUGUGGACCACCACCAGUGCCUACAACACUGGGGAGUCCUCACGCAGCACGCCCCUCACCCUCGAGCUGAACCCGGCCUCGGACGAUCACAGCCAGCACUUGAGCGGGUCCAUGCUGUGUCUAGCCACACCCUCUUCAGGGCCGUCAGCCAUAGUUACCAGUGACACAGAGAAACAGACACAAACACCCACUAAACCCAGAGACUAUUCUAGCGAAGACAGCGGCCGCGGCCACAAUAAAAAAGGCUCCAGUUCUUCUCAUACGAUUAAAGCAAUAAGCAUCGCCGAGAGCAUGAAAGCAGGUUUGAACCCAGGACAGAUGGGCGAAUCCCUGCAGGAUUUAUACCUGCGCUGUGCGGAUGUUAUGUACACCAACCGGGCCAACCUACAACACACGAUUGCUGUACAACAAAAGCUGUUUCAGCAACAGCUUGAACAGCAGGCUAGGGUGCGUGGCCACGGAAACUCACCCGGCCACGUAACUCCAGCCAGCGGCAACGAAGCUGCGCCUGAUGGUGCUAAAAAUAGCCCAGGUCAAACCGCCCCUUCAGACAGUGGUCAGAUGGAAUGGGUGGUCAAACGCAGACCUGACGGCACCCGUUACAUCACCCGUCGCCCGGUUAGAAGCCGGUUAUUAAAAGAAAGAGCGAAAAAAAUCAGCGAGGAAAGAUGCGGCAUGACGACUGAUGACGACGCCAUGUCAGAAAUGAAGACAGGCCGCUACUGGUCGAAAGAAGACCGUAAGCGCCAUCUAGAAAAAGCUAAAGAUUACAAAAAGAAGAAAGAACUCCUGGUCAAAGCCAAAAUGGAAACUCUGAAAGAAACAGAGGAGAAGAAAGAGAUAAACAUUGUGGAGCUGAGCCACAGGAAGAUGAUGAAGUACAAGGGUAAAAAAGUGUUUGAUAACUUCACGACUGUGAAGGAAAUGCUAGCUCACGGUAACAAAGUCAGUGAUGGAAAAACAUACAAUCCUUUGCUAUCUGUCACAACGGUUUGAUAGUGUAGCACAAGUUUUUAUUUCGUUCAUUCACUGGAUUACAUAAGUCCCAAUAUUUAUUACAGUUUUUGAAAAAAAUAUUCUAAGAGGAUUAUUCUACUUUUUUGUGAAUAAAACAUGGAGCUUUAAAAAAGAUUUUUUAAAAAUUUAAAAAUUGGACCUUAGAAUGUCUGACAGUAGCUUUGUACUGCAGUGCAUUGUGGACCUGUUUUUUUCAACUUGUGAAAUGCUGAUAAAAGAAGUCAAAAUCACAGUGGCUUUUUUUUUCUGAGUGGAAUAUACUCUAGAAUGCUUUCCAUAGCGGAAUAUUAUGUAAAAGUUUAUCUGUGGAUUAUACUAUAGAAGAUCUACUGAAAGAUAUUGACCAAUUGUAAUAGUUGUUGUUCAUUUUGUAAAAUUUCAUAUUACUCUUCAUCACACUGAAAUGGAUAUAGUGACAAUAUAGUCACAAAAGCAAAAAAAAAUAAUUAAAAAAACUAGAUUAAGCUUUACUGACUGAUCAGACAAUUAUUUUUUGCUGCUAUUCUUUCGUGCCUUUGCAGUAUGUAAUGACCAUAUUGAUGAACCAAGCCAUGUUGCACAUGAGGAUUAAACCUUUGUGUAAUCUAUUCAUAAUCUGGACUCAGCCAGAUUGACUUUACUAAGCUUCAAAUUUUAAAUGGAAAGUUUUCAUAGUCGAGUGAAAAAUUCAAAAUAAAUUCUGUGUUCGUUGGGCUAGUUUUAAAAUUUCCAUUCGGCAAAGGAUAAAGUUCAAGUGGUCUUGGGCACCUGGACAAUCUAUUGUAAACUUGAGCAGGAAAUAAAAGGGCUCAUCCUCGACCUGAACAAGAAUCAGCCCUGAGCAUGAAUAUAUCAGCCCUGAGCAUGAAUAUAUCAGCCAUGAGCCUGAAUGAAUCAGCCUUGAGCCUGAAUGAAUCAGCCUUGAGCCUGAAUGAAUCAACCUUGAGCCUGAAUGAAUCAGCCUUGAGCCUGAAUGAAUCAGCCUUAGGCCUGACCAAGACUCAGCCUCAACACUAACCACAUAUCUAACUUACUGUAUUGUCAUAUGCAGACAUCUCUGCAGGGCUGGCUUACAUCAAGUUUGUCACCCACAACACAGUAGGAUUGUAUAACAAUUUUUUUUAAAUAUAAAAGAUGUUUCAAGAUAUGCUCUCUGUAUAGUAUCAUUAGCGAAGUACAAAUACAACUUUAUACAGCAUGUCUUAUUUGUAUUUAUAUGAUAUAUGUCUACAGCAUAUAUAUUAUAUAAAGUUUGUUACUUAUAAGAACGUAUCAUAUUACUUUGCAUAUAUUUUAAGUUAAAUUGAAGAUAUAAAUUAUAUGAACUGUUGACUAAAGUCUUAGUCAUACAAUGUGCAUACUGUCAAAACUUGGUUUUUCUAGACUCAAAAGUUUUGUGGGGAGGAAAUGCUGAGGUUGCUCAGUUUUUCUUUAUUUGUCAUUAAUUUUAUAAUUAUUAAAAUUAACAAUCAUGAUAGGUGAUGAUUGUAAUUUAGACUAAACUAACCAUAUUGAGAAGAGGGAAAAAAAGCUGGAAUUUUAGGCUCCUAUUUAAUCUGUUUUUAAUAUAUUUGUCCUGUUGUCACAUAGGUCUCCUGGACAAAACACAAAGUACUUCUAUUUUAAUUGAAUUUUUUUGUUCAUAACUAUUUUAACUUGAAGUUUUAUUUACUUUAACAACUCCAGAAUGAUUUGUUUUCAAUGAGGUUAUUAAAACAACAUGAAUUUUAAAAAUACUUUUUAAAAUUUUAAAAUUAAAAGGAACAGGUUGAAGGGGAAAUUUCUAUGCAUUCCUCUAAACUCUAAGUAUCAUAAACUUUGAUUUCUUUGGUUUAUUUUUGUAUCCAAUUUAAAUUUAAUUUCUCUUCAAAAUUCUAAUCAGAAAAAAGACAAUAUUGAAUGUCCUGUACCAUAAUAGAUAAUAGACCUCAAUUAUGAAAUGGCUGUGCACAAAUUUUUUCAGUGUGUAAAGAAAUAUAGAUUUUGUCUGGUUUUUAUUUUUUUGUUAAGCUUGUUUGAAAAAUCAGAUUUUUGACAUGGUUGGUUCUGGAAUGACACUACGUCAUUUAAAAAUGAUAUCUCUAUGCCUUAUUUGAAGGAUACGUUUACUGUGUGCAAUAAACAAGUUUCACAUGUAUUACGCUGUAUUUGUUACAUGCAUCGUUAUUGUAAUUAUUUAUCACAUAAUAGCAAAUAUCUAUUUAUAGUUGGUGUAACAUUGGAUUCGUUCUGGAAAUUGUGCACGAGUCUUAACUACUGUAUGUGUUUGUAUGUUGAAAGGAUGUGUUGGAAAUGUUGACGUAUGAAAAUGUAUGUUGGUGUGGCGUAAGUGCUAUGGAAAUGUUGCACUAGUCUAUGACUACUGUAUGUUUGUUUGUUUGUUUGUUUAUGUGCCAGAGGUGGAGUCCUGUAUAUGUCAAGUUUGUCAACUAUCAUGAUUUGUGAUACUUAAACACUGAAUGGGUCUAAAGUAGAGAAAUCAAACUGCUUUAGCAAAAUUGUUUUUAUUUUUUUCAUGUAAAUUAGAAGCCAUUUUAAAAUCUAUGGAAUGUUUUUUUUUUAAAUUGUGUACAUAGGCUAGGGAGAGCCUUCAUUACAAUCAGGUGUUUUUUUUUUUCACAAUGACAAUUCUCAGUGAGAGAGUACAGGUUUCAUGUCUAACACUGUUGGUUCUGCAUUAAUCGAUGAAUAUUUUCAAAUGUACGAAUUGGUCCAGCUCAUGAAGUUAUGAAAUAAAUUUUUUUUUUGCUUCUUGA